AUGAAUCCCCAGUUGUUCGUGGGUAGCCCCACGGGAAUCCGCUUCACCUGGACAAUCGACAAAUACAGUCACCACUACCUGGUCACAGGCGAGAAGCUGAAAUCCUCGAUCUUCCACUCAGGCGAAGACCACAAGGACCAGUGGCGCCUGGAGAUGUACCCAAAGGGCCAGCGCCAGUCCACGAAGAACAAUGUCUCAAUCUACCUGAGACUCCUCCGCACCCGCAAACCCGAGAUAAAGGCCAACGUGAAGUUUGAGAUCCUCAAGCCAGGGUUCAACUGCGAGCCCGUCCACAGCAGCACCCAGACCAUCAGAGACCUGAAGUGGAGCCAGGGGGAGAGACAGGGGAUCAGCGAGUUUGUGGACAGCAGUGAGCUCGAGGCGUACGUCAAAAACGACACUCUGCAGUUGUUCUGUGCCAUUGACUUCGCAGCAGACAGCAAAGAAGCUGCCAAGAGGCCUGCGAGGCUCUCUCAGGAGUUUGGGACAGUCAAUCAUCGAUUGACUGACGACCUGUGGCUCCUCUUCAGCAACAGAACUUACUCAGACACGAUAAUUACUGUUGGCAAUCACCAGUUCUACGUACACAGUCUCAUCCUGAAGAUCAGAAGUCCUGCUCUGGGGGCCAAACUCCCUGACAGGAAGAGGGAGACUGGCCAUUACGACGAGAUUCUCCUUGAUAAAACGAAACCUGAAAUCGUGCAGAAGAUGCUGCAUUUUAUGUACACUGACAGGAUCGAGAAUUUCGAGGGAAUGAUGGAGGAACUGCUGGAGGCUGCUGACAGGUACGAGAUGCAGGCUUUGAAGACACUUUGUGUCAAGCAUCUGUGUGGAGAAGUCAAUGUGCAGAAUGCUGCUGAUAUUCUCAUCAUGGGGGAAAAGUACAACGCGAAGACUUUGAUGAAUUAUUGCGCCAGGUUCAUCAAUCUGCAUUUACCUGAGGUCAUCGAGACUCAGGGGUUCAAGAGCAUUGAGGAGAAUUAUCCUGAGCUGGGGUGCUUUCUCAUUCGCAGGCUCUCGGAGGAGAUGGUUGUUCAACACUGA